GGGGGAUAAACUCACCCUCCUCUCUGCGGAAGCGCAGCACGGCCGUCCUGCUGCCGGGCUCAUAGUCCACCUCGCAGUCGCCACCGUUGGAUUUCUUACUUUGAAAGUAUUUCACUAACUUAUUUUUUAAUUUAGGUAUGUUUCCGUCUGGGAGCUCCACGAGCAGAGGGUAGGAGUAGGUGUCCGCCAUCGCCCUUGUGCCGGAGACACUUUCGGUUUUCUUUCUGCAGAAACGCGGCUCCGCUCGGCUGGUGCGGAGAGAUAUACUGGUGAAACCGGGACGGGUUUUCUGCACUUAUAUAAAAUAAUAAACUAUAACCCAGCCCACCGGGAGUCCGCACCCUGAGCGGUUUGCUCUUUUACUUUCGGUUUUACUCGUAGGGAGUUUCCAGACCAAAGCGGGUGUGUUUUGCAACCAUGGCCAGUUCACUACACAUCCCUCUUCAUGGACCUUCAGUUAAUAUUGUAAAGAAAUGUCAGGCUGAUCUGAGUGAUAUCCUUCUCACUAAAUUUGGAUGUGUGACCACCUUUGAUGGGGUGGAUUGUGAGAGUGAGGCCAGGAGUGCACAGCAACAACUGCCAACUGUUUUCGCUGAAAAACGGUUCAUUGUUCAGCUGCGUGGCGGUCCUCAGGUCUCUGUGUGGAAGGCUGAUCUUACCAGUUUUACCGCUGAUGCUUUGGUGAAUGCUGCUAACACCUCUCUACAGCACUCUGGAGGCCUCGCUCAAGCUCUGUCUGCUGUUGGAGGUCCUCAGAUCCAACGAGAGAGUUCUGAUUAUAUCAUGAAGUAUGGUGACUUGAAGACAGGAGAUACAGUUGUUUUAGGUGCAGGAUCACUAACACAAUGUAAAAAGAUAAUUCACGCUGUGGGCCCACAAUUGUUCAAAAAUCCUAGUAGAUAUGACGUGAUCCAAGCUCAGCCGCUGUUAGAGAAAGUAAUUAAGAACAUCCUUGACGAAGUUGCAAAUCACCGUCUGUCAACUGUUGCCAUUCCUGCCAUAAGCUCUGGAUUGUUCAACUACCCCCUGCCACUAUGUGCAGAAACCAUAGUCGCAGCUGUGAAGAACUACUAUGAAUGCUCAUCCCAUCAAAGGAAUAUUCCAAAAGAGAUCUUCCUUGUCAACAAAGAUGAGCCCACCGUCAAGCAAAUCGAGAGAGCAUGCCAAAAGAUAUUUCCCCAUGGUACGGCCAUGCUACACAGCCAAGCACCAGGAGGAAACCUUCGUAGUGGUGACAAAACCUCCGCGCAGACUAUCCAGAUUGGGAAGGUUCUUUUGACUCUGAUGAAGGAUAAAAUUGAAGAACAACAAACAGAUGUCAUUGUCAACACAGCAUCGCAAGACCUAAACUUGACUGGGGGACAAAUAUCCGCAGCUAUAUUGAAGAAAGCAGGUCAUGGAAUGCAAAAAGAAAUAGAAAGAGUUCAAAAGAAGGGUAAAAUCAUCAUCACAGGCGGCUACAACCUAAACUGCAAAAAGGUCUAUCACACCUUUUGCAUUCGGAAUGCGGAGGCAGGAGCAUCAAAGGUCCUUUUACAGUCUGUAAAAGAGUGCUUACACACAGCAGGGGCAAAUCAGUACACGUCAAUCGCCUUUCCUGCAAUCGGCACUGGGAAUCUCGGGUUCUCUAAUAGAGAAGCUGCCAAGAUUAUGCUGCAGGCAGUGGAGGAAUUUGCCCGAAACUUUCCAAUGACAUUGAAUGUUUUCUUUGUCAUAUAUCCAUUUGACGAUUCUGCAUUCCAGGAUUUUGAAGACCAAAUAAGAAAUUUGAAGCAAGAAAAAUCACGAUCCAGCGUUGAACCUGCAUUUGAUGGCAGAAGUGAAGUCCACAACAAAGGACCCCUGGAGCCACGCAUCAGUCUGUCUGCUCUCUCCCCUGAAUCAGCAGAGGAGGCUGAAAAGUGGCUUCAGGACCUCCUCUACAACUCCCAGCCCUUCGUCAAUAUCUGCAACAACUUCAUCCUGCACUUUGGCAAGAAAGAAUUUCAGCGUCUGUCUCGUUUAACCAAAUCGGGGGUUUCCAUCGAAGAGUUUCUGACACAAGGUCAUGCGUGCCUGAAAGUGGAGGGGCAUUCAAGGGAAGAGAUUGUCAUUGCUGCGUUGCAGGUGGAGAAGAUGCUCUGCGACAUCCAGAAGGAGUUUGUGUCAGAGGAAGAAAGGGAAUUGGGUCUACUGUCAAACAAGAAUACGUCCUUUGAAAGAAUGAACGUGGGUUUGAAAGAUAACCCACGCUCAGACUGGUCGUCUGCCUUUAGAAGUCAGAAUCUGGGGGUAUUAAAGGUGGAGAAAGUGGAGAACCCUGCACUGACGUCUCUGUUUGAGCUCAAAAAGAAGCAACUGAACUGUUCCCAUCCUCCUGAGACAAUGUUUCAGCGCGUGCCAGCACAGUUCUGUGAGAUGAUCAACCGUAUUGGGUUCUAUGCAGAGUGUGCGCCACCUGAUGACCCGUUGUUUGGGGAAGGCAUCUACUUUGCUCGCACAAUAAAGAAGGCCAUGGAACUGUGGAGACAGAAGAACGAAAAGCACGUUUACUUCGUGCAGGCAGAUGUGCUGACAGGAAAGGCCACCCAGGGCCGCCCAGAGCUCAUUCUGCCUCCUCCUGUGGGGACGGACCCCGACGUCAUGUUUGACAGCGUCAGCGGAGGAACUGAUAUCUCUGUCAUUUUUAGUGGUUAUCAGGCCCUGCCCCGGUACAUCAUAACCUGUGCAAGAGUGGGGAGUGAUGGUUUCAGUGUUCAUGCUGGGAUUUAGUAUUUUUUGACGCAGCUGAAUUCUUUACAUUCUUCUGCAAGUUAAAAAACCUUUUCACACUUGAUCAAAGAUGAGAUGUAAUGUAGUUUGAAAAACAAGAAUCUUUAAAAUUAUAUCCUCACUUCUUUCCUUGAUUCUUUUAAUGUCACGUAUACCUCUGAAGUCAUUUAAUUCUUUUGUAUUUUGAUUAUUAGAAAACAUUAAUUGCACAAUGAAAAAAACCUGCACCGCCGUAGAACAGAAGACUCAGUGAUGUCAUUUUAUUAUUUCUUCUCAUGUACUUUAUCUUGAGAACCAUGGCAUCUCAUCACGGCUGACUUUCUUGUUUAAAAUUUUGUAAUUAUUUUUUUAAGUAGUACAGUA